AUGGAGAAAGAAUUGAUUCAACUGUUUGGAGCAGUGAAGAAGGCGGCAGACGCAGCGGCGGCUUCAACCGCCUGCGAGGUCGAAGAAAGCCAAUGCCUUGAUGCGUUCAAGAUGCCCAAGAAAUUUCCUGUCAAUUAUGAAAUUCUAGUAGCAACUCAGGUAGGUAAACAUCUAAGAGUUCUAACAAAGCAUCCCAGAAAGAAGAUCCAGACCUUCGCUAUGGACAUAGUAGAGAUAUGGAAAGCCAUAAUCAUCAAGGGAAUAAGCCCAAAAAAGAAAGUAAACCUUGAGAAAACUCAUUGGAAUGGGACAUCAAACUCCGGAAAAGGAAAUACCAAGGAUUCUACGAUGGAGAAAGAAUUGAUCCAACUAUAUGAAGCAGUGACGAAGGCGGCAAACGCGGCAGCGACCUCAGCCACCGGCGAAGUCGAAGAAAAUCGAUGCCUUGAUGUGUUGAAGCUGCUCAAGAAAUUUCCCGUCAAUUAUCAAAUUCUGACGUCAACCCAAGUUCUAAAGCCUGAGAAAACUGAUGGGAAUGGAACACCAAGCUCCGAACAAGCAGAUUCUAACGGCACUGUUUCUGCAGAAAAUGUUGAAGUUGAGAAGGUUGGGAAGACUCGUGUGAAAAGGCUUAAACUUAAGAAGACUGUCGUGGACAUUGCCAAGGCUGAGAAAACUGAUAGGAAUAUUGAGCCAUCAACCUCCGAAAAUGUAAAGGAAAAAGAUUGCAAUGUGGUUACAAGCGAGAAAACUGUUUCUGUCGCAAACAUAGCCAAGAAUGAGGAGAAGCAAGUUUCUGGAAUCCUAAAGAAGGGAUCCUCAUCAAGCCCUGAUUCUCCUUUAAAGCAGGAAAAUAUGAUUAAAACUAACGAUGAAAAGCGAGACAAAAUGAGGGAAAUUCUUCAUGAGGCAUUCUCUAGGGUUUCAGGGGAGGCUGAUGAAGCAAUCAAGGAUCAAGUUAAAACUUGUGACCCUAUUAGAGUUUCUGUUGCAGUGGAGUCUAUGCUAUUUCGGAACUGGGGCCAUCUUAAUGGAGCUCGGAAGAUCAAGUACAGGUCCUUGAUGUUUAACGUCAAGGAUCCGAAAAACCCAGAUUUCCGAAGAAGAGUUCUGGUCGGAGAAUACUCGCCGGAGCGGCUCGCAUCAAUGAAAACAGCAGAAAUGGCUAGUGACAAGAGGAAGAAGGAGAACGAGACGAUCAAAAGGAAAGCUUUGUUUGAGUGUGAGCGUGGACAGAAACCAAAAGCCACAACUGAUCAGUUCAAGUGUGGGAAAUGUGGGAAGAGAGAGAGCAUCUUUCACCAGAUGCAGACUCGGAGUGCUGAUGAACCUAUGACUACAUAUGUUACCUGCGUUUCAUGCAAUCACCAUUGGAAGUUCUGUUAG